AGGCAAAAGGUAGCUUACCAUUUGAUGUAGAUAAGUUUUUUUGCAUUAGUGGAUACAAGAUUGUCCUAUCUCUCUCUCUUUUUUUAAAACUUUUAAUUGAUUGAUUGAUUUAUUUAUUUGUUUAAUUAACGAUUUUUGUGCUUGUCGUGCCAUUGCAAGUGACAACGUUUAUAGUUGUUUCAAUAAGUAGGAUCUAACCCGAUUCUUGCCUUUAUUUUAUGCAAUAAAUUUUGCAUGCUAAUUUGUUUUUCUUGGGUUGUAGCUAUUACGUUGAGCAGUUUUUUUUCGGGGGAAAUUCGAGAUCCAUAAUAUUUAUUUAACCUAAUUUGUACUGCAAAAGUAGGGUAAGACUAACAUUCUGAGUGAAUAACGACCGCUAUAGAACAAUAUUUGCAAAGUGAUUACUUUUGUCAAAAGUGCAAAGAUGCCCCUGCUGUAUUUUAUCCCACUAAAAGUGCAUCCCGAAACACAGUGGAUGGCGGAGUGUGAGGCGCUCUCUGAUUGGUCGGCGCUGAGCUCAUUGUUAUGCUGUCAAUCCAAAUCACAUGGCCGAGCCUCUAUUAACAGCUGAGCCUAGCGCACAACUUUGCAGAGUUCCGUGGCAGAGCAGAGCAGAGCAAAGCAGAGCGGGACCGGUGUGGACACUUUUGAAACAGUUCGGUGCUUCUCACUUGACCAGAGUUUUAUCGCUCUGAACUUUUGACUGACUACCGGCUACUAUAUUUGGUGAGACUCUUUCAAUUUCAGCGUUUUAUUUCGAGUGCGCGGCACCACUUCCAAGUCGUUUGAAUGUAUAACAUGAUGGAAACCGAGAUUAAAAGCCCCCUUCCGCAGUCCAACACGGGCUCGGCGGCGGGCGGCAAAAACAACAGCUCCAGCGACCAGGACCGGGUGAAGCGGCCUAUGAAUGCUUUCAUGGUGUGGUCCCGCGGGCAGCGGAGGAAGAUGGCACAAGAGAAUCCCAAAAUGCACAACUCUGAGAUCAGCAAGCGCCUCGGUGCUGACUGGAAACUUUUGACUGACGCCGAGAAGAGACCCUUCAUUGACGAGGCUAAGCGCUUACGAGCCAUGCACAUGAAGGAGCACCCGGAUUACAAAUACCGUCCCCGCAGGAAGACCAAGACCCUGCUGAAGAAAGACAAGUAUUCCUUGCCCGGAGGACUCUUGGCACCCGGUGCCAACGCCGUCAACAACGCUGUGUCAGUGGGCCAGCGGAUGGACUACACGCACAUGAACGGCUGGACGAACAGCGCGUACUCCCUCAUGCAGGACCAGCUGGCCUACCCUCAGCACCCCAGCAUGAACAGCCCCCAGAUCCAGCAGAUGCACCGGUACGACAUGGCGGGGCUUCAGUACCCCAUGAUGUCCACGGCCCAGACCUACAUGAACGCGGCGUCCACGUACAGCAUGUCACCAGCAUACACGCAGCAAACUUCCAGUGCAAUGGGUUUGGGCUCCAUGGCUUCAGUGUGCAAGACGGAACCCAGCUCUCCUCCACCGGCCAUAACCUCUCAUUCCCAGCGUGCUUGUUUGGGAGACCUGAGGGAUAUGAUAAGCAUGUACCUGCCCCCCGGAGGAGACAGCGCUGACCACUCCAGCCUACAGAGCAGUCGGUUACACAGCGUUCACCCGCACUAUCAAAGCGCAGGGACUGGCGUGAACGGAACGCUACCCCUAACCCACAUUUGAAAGACUCCUAAAAAAGACUUAAGUACUUCGGAUACUUGAACGUUUUGAUUUGCAAAAAAGAAUCGAAGUUCAAUUUCGUUUUUAAAAAAAAGAAACUAUUUUUAAUCUCAAUGAGUUGUCCGUUUUAAAGCAUUUUAUGACGACAUAUCGGGGACUUCAGAAUAAAUUGUAUUGCAGAGGAGCUUUUUAUCAUGAGCUGUAAAGCAAUCAACGUCUGUAGAAGAAUAUUGGACUUCUGACUUAUUUGCCGUCAGAGUUUGUCUCUAUGAAAAAGGCACGUGGCUUCGUGAAGAGGCCGUAUUUCAAAAACAAAAAAGAAAGAGAAAUGGAGGGAGAGUAUGUUCACUCAUAAAUGUUUACACUUAUUUUUUAGAUUGUCGGUUUUGUCCAAAUCUGUGUAGUCUUUUUGUUGUUCAUUUAUGAACUAGGUUUUAUUGAAAUGAAAGACUGUGCUGGUCGCAAGCGCAAAGUUUGUUUUAUUUAUAGCGAGUUGUUUUUUUUAAGCUUGUGAACCAUUGUACGUCUUGUUGAAAUGUUCCACUUUUGUUUUGUGAAUCUUCCUUUCUGUGAUGUUAUGGCAGUAUCAGGUUAACCCAUUAUGUGGGACGGAGAGUUUUAUUUAAACUGACGUUUCUACUCAAGACCAUCCUAUUCCUAAAUGAAUAAAUUUGUUUUACAAAAAAAAAAAAAAAAA